GGUGAUUCCUGCCGUUACCGGGGCUGCUCCCACUCGAACCCACCGUGUGCCGGGGCCGAAAACUUCCUCCAUAACCCGCGGAUAAAUGAUCAACCCCGGGGAAGGACACCUCCGCCGACAGAGGGUUGAUGUUUCCUCGCCGGGGCACCCUCAGGGUCGCGUUGAAGCCUGACUGCGGCCAGCUCGCCACCUCCGCCGGCCCCGUGUUGGAGCCCAGCGACCAUCAGUAGCUCCACCAGACCAGCGCGCGCUCAACGGCGUCCGAGCCAGGUCGCAUCGCCAUGGAUACAGAGUCCACCUACUCGGGCUACUCCUACUACUCCGGCCGCUCCCGAGGAUCCCACAGGCACAGCGAGCGGAACCGAGACCGGGAUCGAGAUCGAGAUCGGCACAAGUCACGGAGCAAAGACAGCCGCUCUGAAAAGUCCGUGACGAUCAACACGCCGCCUGCAGAGCCGCUGCUGGGAGACUCUUCGGUUCGAGGCGAGCAGGUCCAGGAUGAUAACUGGGGGGAGACCACGACGGCCGUCACUGGCACGUCGGAGCACAGCCUCUCCCAGGAAGACAUCGUCCGCAUCACCAAGGACCUGGAGGACAGCGUGGGGCUGGACUGCCGCCGCUACCUGGCCCGCGCGCUGGCCGUGAUCCUGGGCCUCCUGGUGUUCCUCACGCCGCUGGCCUUCCUGGUGCUGCCCCACCUCCUGUGGCCCCAGAAGCUGCAGCGGUGCGGGACGGCGUGCGAGGGCCUCUUCAUCUCCGUGGCCUUCAAACUGCUCAUCCUGCUGCUGGCGGUCUGGGCGCUCUUCUUCAGGCCGGCGCGAGCGGGACUCCCGCGGGUCUUUGUUUUCCGGGCCCUGCUGGCCGUGCUGGUGCUGCUCUUCGUCAUCUCCUACUGGCUGUUCUACGGCGUGCGGAUCCUGGAUCCACAGGACGAGAACUAUCAGGGCAUCGUGCAGUACGCCGUGUCGCUGGUGGACGCGCUGCUCUUCAUCCACUACCUGGCCAUCGUGCUGCUGGAGCUCCGCCAGCUGCAGCCGUCCUUCUCGCUGUGCGUCACGCGCUCGACGGACGGCGAGACGAGGCACUACAACCUGGGACAGCUCAGUAUCCAGCGAGCAGCUCUGGCCAUCAUCGAGCACUACUACUGCGACUUCCCGGUCCACAACCCGGCGCUGCUCUCCGCCUCCAAGUCCCGUGCCGCCAAGCACCUGGCCGGCCUCAAGGUCUACAACGUGGAUGGUGAGUUCCCAGCAGCCCCGGCUGAGGGUCCUGGGAACAACGCCGCCGCCACCGCAGGAGCAGCGGGGCUGGCGCACUCGCAGUCCAGAGCCAUGAUCGCCGCCGCCGCUCGCCGCAGGGACACCAGCCACAACGAGCUGUACUACGAAGAGGCGGAGCACGAGAGGCGCGUCCGGAAACGCAGAGCUCGCCUGGUGGUGGCAGUCGAGGAGGCUUUCACCCACAUCAAGCGCCUGCAGGACGAAGAGCAGAAGAAGUCCCCGGGGGACGUGAUGGACUCCCGGGAGGCGGCGCAGGCCAUCUUCCCCUCCAUGGCCCGGGCCCUGCAGAAGUACCUGAGGACCACCAAGCAGCAGCACUGCCACAGCAUGGAGAGCAUCCAGCAGCACCUGGCCUUCUGCAUCACCAACAACAUGACUCCCAAGGCCUUCCUGGAGAGCUACCUGAGCCCGGGGCCCACCCUGCAGUACGGCAGGGACCACUGGCUGUCCCGCCAGUGGACGCUGGUCAGCGAGGCGGCGGUCACCAGCGGCCUGAAGGACGGCGCCGUCUUCCUGCUGAAAUGUGCGGACUUCAGCCUGGUGGUGACGACCAAGAAGAUCCCGUACAUCCAGAUGUCGGAGGAGUACAUCGAUCCCAAGUCACACAAGUUUGUCCUGCGGCUACAGUCCGAAACCUCCGUGUAGAACUCCAAUCGUUUUGGCUUUUUUUUUUUUUUUUUUUUUAAUUCCUCACCCUGUUGCGUUGCUCUCAAAUUUUUUUAUUUUGAUUUUGCAGUUUUUUUGGGGUUUUUUUUUUACGUUUUUGGAUUUUUUUUUAUAUAUAUAUUAUAUAUGAAUCUAUAUAUAUAUAUCUCACACGUUUGAAUAUAUUGAUUUUAUAUUGUUUGAUUUGGAUAAAAAGAAGACUUGCUGCAGGAUUUUGCCUGCAGGACACCUCGGACUUGAACGUGUGUGUGUGUGUGUGUGUGUGUGGUUGUAUGUAUGUGUAUGUGGGUGUGUGUGUGUGUAUCAUGUUGUGUCAACACAAUCACUCGUUCCAUCCGAGAUGCUCGAGCCAAGCACAACGGGAACAAGGAGCGAUCCGAGGCGUCUGACUCUGGGAUUCAAACGGACAGACAAACCGCUGAGGACUGACGGCGUGACUCGCAGGUUCCUGUCGAUGAUGGAAACUGUUCUUCACGCUGUCUCAUCUGCUACAUGUCGACGUAUUCGGUUGCUUUUAGGCUUUCAAACAAAUUGAGACUUUUUUUCCUGCUGAAAAUCCGAUUUAAAUGAGACGAAAAUGAACAGGCUCGAUCGAAUCUGGCAUGAAAAGCACAUUCAUGAUUAUAAAUCAAAAGAACAAAGUGAAAAUAUCAAAAUCAGAGCUCCAGAUGAACGUGAUUUGUAUUUUAGCAUCCCGUCCAGCCAAUGGCGAGCAGCGGCUCUCCUGAGUGCUGAAGUGGGCCGAUCGACGACGUUUUGGUGCAGAAAGCUUUCCACUCCAGUUGAAGAGGAGACACAGGCCUCUUCUCAGAGCCUUUUUGUAUCUGCUUGAUGGAGGCAGAGCAGCACAAAUGAAAGAUACUACUGAUUCCUUCACAGAAACUUGGGGUUACAUCAUAAAAAAGUGAGUUUAAUGUCCAUUUUCACUACACGUGCACUCAGUUCGUGAAUUUAUUUCCAAUUUAACUCCGAUGGUUUAGUGAAAUGCACAAAUUCCCUCCACUGGCAGAAUUGUGUCAGAUUGAAGAGAAUAUUCCACAAAAGUGGACUUUGAAAAUGGACAUUGGACCAGAUUUAUCAAUGCAAAGCAUGACUGUUUCCAGUGUGACUGCAGUACUGCAGAGUGAGCUGCAGGGUGGGACCUCCUUUCUUUCGAACUGGACCGUCUGGUUUUCUUUUUACUGCCUCUUCUCACCUCUGUUGUCUGACAAACAUGCAAAUCCCUCGGGGUCAGGCGCUUCGCGGAAGGCUGAGAAGAGAUUUUUCUUUAUUUGUUUCACCUGAUGAGUCAGCAAAUGUUAUAAAGCCAAAAAAACACACAAAAACUAAAAAAAAAAAAAAACAGCGAAAUGAAGCUAAAAUGAUACCUAAGUUCCUGUGAACUUACCAAAGUGUCAAAAGAGAGUCACUGAGCUCGUGCAUGUGAGGAAACCUCUCAUUUUCCACUGUUACCUGGGCCUGUGAGCAGGGUUGUUCUCUGCUGCCCUCUGGUGGUGAAACCUGGUCAUGUCUCGGUUGAAAAAUAUUACAAUUUUCAAAAAUACUUCACUGUAAAAAGAAAAGAAAAGAAAA